AUGGAGCGGGCGGCGGGAAGCGGUCCGGGAGCGGGCGGAGGCGCGGGGGCCGGAGGUCAGCGGGGGCAGGCCGGCAACAAGCGUCGCUCGGACGACCGCUCUCGAGUGGCGGCGGCGGGCGGCAGCAGGGGCCGUCGGGAGCGGGUCGCGCGCAGCAGCAGCCGUUGCGGAACGAGGCGGCGCUCCGGGAGCGUGCCCUGGUGGAGCAAGGGCGGCGUCGGCAGGGGGCAGGGAGGCUCCCGUGCCGGCGCAGGUGACAGCAACGCCCCUCCCGCCUGGUGGGUGGCGAGGGAAAAGAAGAGGGAGGCCCGGAGGGCUCUCGAGGCGGCGCCGCCGCUCGUUCCCCCUUCCAUCCCGGAGCUCGGCAGGGGCCGGGCUUCGUAG